CCCUCCACGCCGCCACUCCCGCUGUGUGCCUGCCGCCGACAGGCACGCCACCCACCCCGACAACCGUCGCGCCGGCCGCACUCCCCGCCGCCCCCCUCCCCCUCGCCUUCCCUCCGAAGCCCACCCCGCAGCUCGGCGACCUCCCCAGCGUACACCAGCCAGUCUGCGAUGACCCUCGUCGGGAUUUUCCUCGCAGCCCUCAUCUGGUGCGCCGCCUACGUCGCCGCCGCCAUCUCCUCAGUCUUCUAGUCCCCCCUUUCUCCGGCAACCCCACCCCCCCCCACAAGCCCUCUCUCUAACCCCUACCCCCCCCCCCCCCCUCCCCAAUCCUUCGGUAGCCCGACGCCGACCAUGGGUUUCGCGCAGCUCGUCAUCGGCCCCGCCGGCAGCGGCAAGUCGACCUACUGCUCUGGUCUGUAUCAACAUUGCGAGACGGUGGGCAGGAGGAUUCAUAUGGUCAACCUGGAUCCAGCUGCAGAGCACUUCAGCUAUCCUGUAUCUACUGACAUUAGAGAGCUCAUAUCGCUGGACGAUGUCAUGGAGGAGCUUGGGAUGGGACCAAAUGGCGGCCUCAUCUAUUGCAUGGAGCACCUUGAAGACAAUUUGGAUGAUUGGUUGGAUGAACAAUUAGAGAACUACUUGGAUGAUGACUAUCUUGUGUUUGAUUGCCCAGGCCAGAUUGAACUCUUCACUCAUGUUCCAGUUCUGCGUAACUUUGUUGAGUAUCUGAAAAGGAAAAAUUUCACUGUUUGCGCUGUGUACCUUCUGGACUCACAGUUUGUCAGUGAUGUCACAAAAUACAUUAGCGGUUGCAUGGCUUCUCUUUCUGCUAUGAUUCAACUCGAGCUUCCUCAUAUCAACAUCCUUUCUAAGAUGGACCUUGUUUCCAAUAAAAAGGAUGUAGAAGACUACCUGAACCCUGAGGCACAGGUUCUUCUGUCACAGCUGAAUCGACAGAUGGCGCCUCGGUUUCACAAGUUAAACAAGGCUUUAGCUGAACUGGUUGAUGAUUACAACAUGGUGAAUUUCAUACCACUUGAUUUGAGGAAGGAGAGCAGCAUUCAGUAUGUCCUGUCCAACAUCGACAACUGCAUCCAGUACGGAGAAGACGCCGAUGUGAAGGUCAGGGACUUCAUUCCUGAGGAGGAUGAUUAACCAUUUGAUCAAGCAGAAGCAACAAAUUAGUCAGUAUCAUGUAGUGUGGGUCCAUGGGAGGAGGAAUUCACCGCCACAUGGUAGCGCUGAACAGGCAGAAGCUAUGUUUAUCUGUUUCAAUCGUUGGUCGGGAAAACAACACAGAAUGCAUCUGCAGAGAGUGUUUGGGGUCACCUUCCUAUGCUUGCGAGGUUGGUAACCGGCAAUUGCUUGUAAACAAAUCAUCCUCUGCCGGAGCUCUUGAACGGCACCAGACAUGAGGGGUAAUACCUAAAAUAGUGUAUGCGCCAAUGCACCAAUUCUGCUCCUUUAUUUCUGAACACAGGGCCGUGAAAUUCUGGUCAGCUUAAUGUCUAUAUUUUGGGGGUUCUAGGUUU